UCUCACUUCCAGGUAGCAGUUUAGGGAGGUUGGUUUCGACUGUUUGGUUCGGCUGAUCCAAUAGCUCAGGGUCGACUCAAGCGGAUAGGAGAGAGACUAUAAUGUGUCAGGAUUUUGUUACCAGGAAGUGGGUCGAGUUAUUUAUAUUUCAACGUUCGUCCUCUUGUACCCAAGGGAGCAGUGGUAGUAACCUGAAACUAUAUAUUCAAACAUUGUCUGGUUCUGGAUGCAUCGAAGUGAUAGAGGACGAUCAGCUUCAUGUUUAGGAAUGCCGAGGACCAGGUAAAAAUAUCUGUAAAUAUAAAUAAUGUAAAGACUGUGUGGAAGGGUAAAGUGACCCUGUGAGGGAUUCAACAUUCACAGAGGUGUUGGGAUGAAGCUCCAUGAGAAGAUUUUGACCCAUUACCUAUCAUGCACCUCUCCGGUGGAUAAAGAGGGCUAUCUCUACAAAAAGAAAGAGAGAAAUGCUACUUACCAGCGGCGGUGGUUUGUCCUGAAGGCAAACCUGCUUUUCUACCAGGAACGUCCAGCUGACCGACACCUACUGGGUGUCAUUGUGCUGGAGGGAUGUGCAGUCCGCCGCUCAGAGUCUGAUGGACAGUUUGCCUUUUCCCUGGUGUUUGAAGGGCCCGGACUCAAAACCUACAGAUUUGCAGCAGUGGAUCGUCAGACUCAAGAGAGCUGGGUAAAAGCUUUGCUCUCAGCCAGCCACUGUUAUCUCUCCCUGCUGGUGAGAGACUUGGGGAGGCAGUAUGAAGAGGCUAAACAGCAACAAGGCUCUGGUGCAUGCCCUCACAGCACCUCUGACAAUGCCCUCAAGUCCACAACCAACUUUUUCUUCCCUGUGCAGGGGCCAACAACAGUGGUCAGAGAGGGGAGAAGCUUCAGUGCCAGCACUGUUUUAUCAGCACCCACUAGAGUGGUGGCUAAAAAGUCCCCUAAACUGUGGCAUAGGAGAAAUGCUCACGUCACACCCCUAAAUGGACCAGCACCUUUGUACGGCGAAUGGCCUUUGGUGGGUUUUGAUCCUCUUGAGGAGUUUAGCAAACUUCAUGAUUAUUAUGGCCAGGAGGUGAAGAAAGUGAGAGAAGAUUGGCUGAGGAGUCGACAAGCAGAAGAGGGGCAGAGGGGAGGGAGGGAGGGAAACCUCAUUGAUCUAGGGUGAAAAAAAAAAACUGACAGCUCGAAGACUGUUUAAGAGGAAGUGAGAGGGGAAGGGUUGGUACGUUUUAAAAAGGAACUGAACCUGAUGUGGUGUGAGUUAUACUGUAUUUAACAUAGAGUUUGAGGCCCAAACACCUGUAAAUGUGCUAAAUGUUCCUCCAUUUCAUGUUUUUCCUGAGCCAAGACGGCCUUAAAGUGUCCAUGGGAUGCAACAAAGAACAAACAAGGAAUCUAGACACAGCAUUGACUGAUGUUACUAAGAUCAACAAUGUUCUGUGUGACAGUGUAUCAGUGAGCCAGCAUGCACAAUAAUAGGACCCUGAACCUGAAGCAGCUAAAUGGAAUUCAGCCAUCAUUAAUCUGUGACAUGUCAAAAUGUCUUCCAUUAAAAAAACUUCUAUUCCUUUUUUGUUCUCAUGCACUUCCUGCUAACUGGAACCUGCACACCUGUUGUUAUACAUAAUAAUUAUGCAUAACAGUUUCCUGAGCAUUCACAUGUGGUGUAUUUAAUGAUUUCAUCCAUGGCAUAAGAAAGGCUUUAUGAAGCAGUAUUAAGCAAAGAGUAUUAUAUAUUUUUUAUUGCAUGAAAAAAUAAAACUGAUCAUGUCGACUUACUGUAAAUGUUUCAUAAUCAAUCAGCUCUUGUUGAUACAUAGCCUACUGUGUGGGAUGGGUUAAGACACUCAAAAUACAAACACAAAUGUAAUUAUGUUUCAUAUUCUGAUUUAUAUCAGUUUUAAAACAAACAAAAUAGAAUUACAAUGAUACAUAUGAGCAUAAUUUUACAUUUUAUGUAAGUGUCAUGGCCAUAAUAGGAUCUUGGGCUUGACAAUUUAACUUUGUUGAUCAGAAAAAUUAUUUUAAAAAUGGUGAAUGAGAAAUAUAUGGAAUUAAGAACUGCAUACAUUGUGUUUGCCAGUAAGCUAUAAUAAUGCAACUCACCUCAAAGCAUCAAAACUGAAUUCUGAAUUCUGAAACUGAAUUUUACGAAUAAUGAACUGUAUAUCUUGUAGUUUACAUAUACACAGCCCUAUAUCUAAAAUAUGCCCAUAUAUAUAUAAUAUGCUGAUACAAA